ACCACUAUGGCUGGCCGGACCGAAGAUAUCGAGAAGCUGUGCAAGGCCGUCCCUCCGGACUUAGUGGACCUGAUUUGGAAAUACCCAGAGAUUUUCCCAGACGAUCUACCAGCUGGACUCCCACCGAGCCGACCUGAGGACCACCGAAUCGAGCUGGAACCAGGCGCCCAACCAACGGUACAGCGCCAAUUUCGGCUCAGCCAACAAGAACUGGAAGAAUUACAGCAACAGCUGAAUUACCUUCUCGCGAAAGGAUUUAUCCGGCCUAGCACGUCACCAUACACCGCCCCGAUACUGUUCAUGCCGAAGAAGGAUGGAGGAUUUAGAAUGUGCAUUGACUACCGCGGGCUCAACCGUAUCACCAUCAAGUCGCGUUACCUGAUCCCGCGAGCCGACGAACUUCUCGACCAACUUCGCGGCGCCAAGUUUUUCUCGAAAAUCGACUUGCGAUGAGGUUACUAUUAGAUUUGCGU